AUCCAAGCUACUGGGUUCCAUACAUGACUGCUGGUUUGAUCGCUCUCGUCAUCGUCUGUUUUAGUGGAGGACCUGGAGCAGUUACUGGUACAGUGAACAGUGAAAUCUUCAUCCAGUCUGAUCGUCCAGCAGCGUUUGUCCUUGUAAUGAUGCUACGCUGGUUUACAGCAAUAUUGCUGGGUCUGUUCUUUCCAUUCCUUAUUACUACUCUGUCCUCAUACACCUUUAUACUGUUUGCCUGUGUGUGUGUGCUGGGUUCUCUUUAUAUCUUCUUCGUGCUGCCUGAGACUAAAGGAAAGGCCCUGCUGGAAAUCUCUGAGGAGUUUAAAGCCAUCACUGUCUGUGGGAAAUCCUUCUCAGAGGAACAGACAACAGAGACCAAGUUCUGAGGCCGUCCACAUUGUACACAGACUGCUGUAAAGAACAUAAGAAAAUGCUUGAAAUGGUUCUGAAUAAUGUACAUGAAAUGGGACCCAAUGA